AUGGAUAGUAAUAGUACACAACCAGGAAAUAUACCAUCAGAACCAACACUUAACAACGAUGAAAGUGAAACAUCUAUUGAUCAACUAGCAUAUACAAGAAUAGUCAACUUAAGUCAAUCAUCAACGAUACACAUGCAUACGGGAGACAUGAUUCCAACUCAAAUGGAAACGAAUACUAGAAACAGAAUUCCAAUUCAGCUGCACACAACAUCAUACUGGCUUAUGACUGAGAGACGAGCAAAUACAGGAAACAGGAUUCCGGGUCAGAUACAAACAAAUACCACUGAGAAACAAGAAGCAAUCUUAAGCCGUAGACUAGAAAGUCGUCGACAAUAUCGACAAAGACGAGCUCAAAUGCGACGAGAACAACGAGCUAUUGAACAAGCACAACGACACAAUCACGAGCUCAAAUCCGACGAGAACAACGAGCUAUUUAACAACCACUACGACAACAACGACAACCAAGACAACAACUACAACAACGACUACAACGACAACAACGACAACAACGACAACAACGACUACAACGACAACAACGACAACAACGACAACAACGACAGCAACAACAUCAACGACAUCAACAACCUAGACAACAUCAACGAGGCCGAAGCCAACAAAGAAGACAAGAACGCCGUCAGAGAUGGUUGCAACGGCUCGAGCAAGAACAACAACAUCUAA